ACUUUAAAUGCCAAUUUGUCUGAUUUCAAACCUUAAGGUUUCUUCAUCUCAUCUCGCUAAACCAGAUUUUGAAAUUCGACCCGGUUGAUCAUGGAGAUUUUGAAACUUUACCCUGUUUUGGGUUUUAAUUUUUAGGUUUCCUCAUCUCAUCUCAUCUUUCUUAUCGAUUAAACCAUCUGAAGUUUUGAAUGGAACCAACCUAACUGACAUGAUCAAAAAAAGUGACAAAGAACAAACAUUUUACUCUAUUGAGCAGUAUGAAACUUGGAAAAAAGAGCGCAAAGAUUUAUCUAGUUGGGAGACAAGAUAUUACAAGGGGCUGGGUUCACACACUCCUGAGGAAGGAAGGGGGUAUUUUCAAAAUAUGGAACAACAUAUAAAAUAUUUUAUGUGGGAAGACGGAGAUGAUAAUGCUAUUGAUGUUGCAUUCGGAUCUGAUCCACUACCCCGAAAGAAAUGGAUGAAUAGGAUUGCUGAGAUGGGUGAGCAUGACAAUUAUUUAAAGGCCAAAAGUACAAGUUAUGCAAGUUUCAUCAACAAUGAGUUAGUAUUUUAUGCCAGAGCUGAUCUUCAAAGGUCCCUUCCUUCAUUGCUCGAUGGUCUUACAAAAGUGAGGAGAAAGAUUCUUUUUGGCUUAUUAGUAGACAAUGACAUGAGAUCAAACCGUAUUGACAAUUUAAUUGGUACGGUGUCUGAGCGGACUAGUUACAAACAUGGCCCACGUGGUAUGUCUGAAGCCGUGAUUAAAAUGUCACAAGAUUAUGCAGGAAGUAACAACAUCCCUCUUCUCAUACCAUUGGGUACUUUAGACAGUAAUGAAACACACGGUAAAGACCAUUAUUCAACGGAUAGAUACGUUCACGUUAAGCUUAAUAGUAUUACACGCCUCCUUUUCCUGGAGGAAGAUGAUAAGUUUCUUAAUUACUUGAAUGAAGAUGGGAAAUCCAUUGAACCAUAUUGCUACCAGCCCAUUUUGCCUAUGAUUCUGGUUAACGGCUGUAAAGGAAUAGCUGUAGGUUGGAGUUCCAAUAUUCCCAAUUAUAAACCAUCGGAUAUUAUUAAAAAUAUUAAAAAGUGGUUGAUGGAUAAACCACUUGAUCGCAUGACUCCAUGGUACAAGGGAUUUUCAGGAACCAUUAAAGAAGACCCAAAUAAAGUGGGAUCUUUCUUGGUGAAGGGCGAUGUCCGAAUAAAAGAUGAAACAACAUUUUUGAUUGUGGAGAUUCCUUUUACCAAGAGUAAAAAAGAUUACGAGGAGUUUCUUACAUCUAUAACUGAAGGACCUCGUGGGAAAACACGCCAGAUUAAGUCUUUUGAAGAAGAAGGAAAUGGAUUCAAAAUUGACUUAAUCCAGCCAAAGAAGACCAAGACCAAGAAAACAAAGAAAACAGAGAAAUCAGAGAAUUCACUAGAGAUGGAAAGUUUAAUAGAAGAAUUUGAUCUUCAAACUUCCAUUUCAAUCAACAAUAUGCACCUGCUUGAUGAAAAUAUGAACCUAAAGAAAUAUGAUACAGAGAUAGCAAUUCUGGAAGAGUUUUUAGCAUAUCGGUUGGUUUGUUAUGAGAAAAAAAAGACUUCUAUGGUGGACCAACUUAAACAUGAUAUGGAGAGUCUGGACCACAAAAUCAAGUUUAUAAAAUUGUGGCAACCGUCUCGGGAUAUUAAGAAGGCAGUAGAAUUGUUCAAGAAAUAUUUAUCGGAAGAGAAGCCAAAAGAACAAUUAUUGGAAAAGGAAAAGUUAUUGGAAGAGAAGCCAAAAGAACAAUUAUUGGAAAAGGAAGAAUUAUUGGGAGAGAACCCAAAAGAACCUAUUCUCGGUGAUGAUUACAACUAUCUUCUAUCUAUGCCUAUUAACACUUUCUACGAUGAUAGCCUGCAGAGGAUGGAGAGUGAAAGGAAAACAAAGGAAAAACUUCUUGAGACGAUGCAGAAAACAACACCCAAAGAAAUGUAUCUUAAAGAUAUAGAAAAAAUCUCAACUAUUUUAUCUGACUUAUGAUGUAGUGUCUUAUUUGUUU